AUGCCGAUGCUCAAAGAUCCGUCGUCAAAAUACAAGCCCUACAAGCCUCUGAAUUUGACAAACCGCACAUGGCCCGACAAGACCAUCACCAAGGCCCCCCGCUGGUUGGCCACCGACCUGCGCGAUGGCAACCAGUCUCUCCCCGACCCUAUGGACGGCGAGCAAAAAUACAAGUUCUUCAAGAUGCUCGUCGAAAUUGGCUACAAAGAAAUUGAAGUCUCAUUUCCCUCCGCCUCGCAAACCGAUUUCGACUUCACACGUCGCCUCGUUGAAGAGCCCGGCCUCACCCCGGACGAUGUCUGUCUGCAAGUUCUCGCCCCGUGCCGUGAGGAUCUCAUCCGCCGCACCGUCGACUCCCUGAAGGGUGCCAAGAAGGCCAUUCUGCACAUCUACCUUGCCACCAGCCCGUGCUUCCGUCGCAUUGUCUUCAACAUGACCAGGGAACAGAGUCUGAAGAGGGCUGUCGAGUGUGCCAAGUAUGCUCGCUCAAUCACCAAGGAUGACCCCUCCCAGGCUGGCACAGAUUGGCAGCUGGAGUUUUCACCCGAGACUUUCUCAGAUACUGAGCCUGACUUCGCUGUCGAGGUUUGCGAGGCUGUUAAGGCUGCUUGGGAACCUUCUGUGGAGAGGCCUAUCAUCUUUAACUUGCCCGCUACCGUCGAGAUGUCCACUCCCAAUGUUUACGCCGAUCAGAUUGAAUACUUCUGCAACAAUAUGACGGAACGUGAGAAGUUUGUUGUUUCCCUGCACCCUCAUAAUGACCGUGGUUGUGCUGUUGCUGCGGCUGAAUUGGCUCAGAUGGCUGGUGCUCAGCGUGUUGAGGGCACCGUUCUCGGAAAUGGAGAGCGAACUGGAAAUGUCGAUUUGGUCACUCUUGCCCUGAACCUGUAUACCCAGGGUGUCUCACCAAACGUCGACUACUCCGAUAUCAACUCUGUUAUCAAGAUCGUGGAGGAGAGUACCAAGAUCCCCGUUAACGAGCGUUGGCCGUAUGCUGGUGCUCUGGUUACCAGUGCUUUCAGUGGAAGUCACCAAGAUGCUAUUAAGAAGGGCUUCGCUCUGCGCGAGGGCGCCACCGACAACGACGAGUGGGUCAUCCCGUACCUGCCCCUGGAUCCCCAGGAUAUCGGCCGCACCUAUGAGGCCGUCAUCCGCGUCAACUCCCAGAGCGGCAAGGGUGGUGCCGCCUGGAUUAUCCUGCGCAGCCUGGAGCUGGAUCUCCCUCGUGCUCUGCAGGUCGAAUUCAGCAAGAUCGUGCAGACCGAGACGGAGAAGUGCAGCCGCGAGCUCCGUCCCAGCGAGAUUGUCAACCUCUUCGAGGAGUCAUAUCACCUCAAGUCAAACCCCCGCUUCAACCUUAUCGACUACAACAUCACCACAGAUCGCUCCCAAUCCCCUGCUCCCCCGGAGCCUGGUAAGGCUCUUAACACUAAGAACCUGAAGCGUCGCUUCACCGGUGUCAUCGAGAUCGACAACGUUCAGCAUGCUAUCACCGGUAUCGGUCCUGGUGCUCUGUCCUCUCUCGCCGCGGCUCUGUCCACCCUCGGCAUUGAUCUCGAUGUCAUCGACUACAAGGAGCACUCUAUUGGUCUCGGUCGUGACGUGAAGGCCGCCACAUACAUCCAGUGCUCAGCAGCCGGCAGCAAGGAACGCGUAUGGGGUGUCGGCAUUAGUGCCGAUGUGGUCCAGGCCUCUCUUGUGGCCCUGCUCAGCGCUGCCAGCUCGUUCCUCACCUCAACCGCUGGCUCCCCGGCUCCUUUCCGUCCCAUUCGCUCAAACACUCUUACCAACGACGACCUCCAGGCUCUCGAGCAGUUGACCGGCAUCGACGCGGCGACUGCUAACGGCGGUCUCUCGGCCAAGGUCAAUAUCGAGCAGUUGACCAAGGCGGCUGAGAGCCAGUAA